AUGAGCGAAGAUGCGAAUGCAAUAGACUGCCUUGGACGCUUGCCCCGUCUGGUAGACCUUACUCUCCAUCGUGCUUAUGAAGGGGAGACAUUGUGCUUUAAGGCUGGAAGAUUCCCAAAACUCCAAAUAUUAGAACUUGGGCAAUUAAAAAGACUGAAAUGGGUAAGAGUGGGAGAGGAAUCGUUAUCCAGUCUCCAACAGUUUCUUAUUGCUGGUUGCAAGCUUAUGGAGGGCUUGCCUUUGGGCCUCCAAAACGCGAUCGAGCUUAAAUUUUUUGGAUUUUAUGACAUGUCUGAUGAGCCAAUCCACGAAAUACAGAAUUUGAAUAAACAAAGUGAAAAUUAUCAGACAAUUUCUCAUAUCCCUGAAGUUUGCAUUGGACAUUGGAUAAAUGAUUUGAUUCCUACAAUUAUCAAAUACAUAUUGCUAGACUGCAACAUCGCUAGUCGUGUUGUAUUGACAACACGAAUUACCGAUGUAGCUUCUGCAUACUGUUUAGCAUCCCAUGACUUUAUCCAUAUCAUGAAGCCUCUCUCUUAUGAAGAUUCUUGGACCCUUUUUUGCAAUAGAACAUUUCGGAGUAAUGAUUGCCCUUCAAAUCUAGAAGAAAUUUCUAGAAAAAUACUGAAAAAAUGUGAGGGCCUACCGCUUGGGAUUGUUGCAAUAGGUGGUGUUUUGGCUCUGAAGGACAAAGACAGGAUAGAUGAAUGGGAGAUGAUUCUUCGUGGCUUUGGCGGCGAGGUAGAUGGUAGCGGUGAGCUUGACAGAAUUAGAAGGAUACUCUUACUCAGCUACAACGAUUUGCCUCACCAUCUCAAAAGCUGCCUAUUAUAUCUAAGCAUCUAUCCUGAAGAUUAUCCAAUUAGGAAUGUCGAAAAUUUACUUGAUACAUGGAUAGCACUAGGAUUUAUAGAAGAGAAAGAAGGAAUGACAGCCACUAAUAUUGCUAUGAGAUCUCUGAGAUCUCUAAAAGAACUCAUCAACAGAAGUUUAAUUCAAGUUAAGGACACAUGGCAUGAUGGCAAAUUGAAGGAAUGUGGUCUUCAUGAUUUUCUACGUGAAAUCAUUGUUUCUAAAUCUAAAGAGCAGAGCUUCACAGCCAUAGCCACUGGAUAUUGCACGAGAUGGCCUGACAAAGUUCGACACCUAGCAAUUCAUAACUUCACUGAUAAUCCUCUAGAAGGCUUCACCAGCUUGAACUGUCUUCGAUCCUUGAAAUCAUUCAGGUAUGAAGAUCCUCUCACUACUUCAUUUUUGUCCAAGUUUUUAUGUGGUGGUCCCAAGUUCCUAAAGGUUUUAGAUUUAGCGGGAGCUGAACUGGACAACAUCCCAAAGGAAGUUUUCAAACUAUUUCGUCUAAAGUUUCUAGAUCUAAGUGGCACCAGAGUUAAAGUCAUUCCAAAAUCUAUUGGGCAACUUCAAAACCUAGAAGUUUUAAUUCUGGCUGGAACCACUAUAACGGAGCUACCCGUGGAAACUCUAAAGCUAAGAAAACUCUGUGUCCUUAUCAUAGGAAGAGUGGGUGAUUAUUCAAAUAACUUUGCACUAGGAGGCUUUAAAUCUCCGUAUGGAAUUGGAAAGCUUACGUUCUUGGAGAGACUGGCACAUAUGGAAGCAGACAGUGGUAAAAUAGUAAGGGAGAUUGGGAAGCUCAUUCAGUUGCGAGAAUUAUCCAGGAAAUUUCUCGAAUUAUCCAUCACAAAGCUGAGGAGAGAUGGAAAAGAGUUACUCUACUCCCUCUUGAGGCUAACCAACCUUCGAGAGUUACACAUCUGCUCCAUUAAAGAAGAGGAGACUCUUGAUCUCCAACAUUCCAUCUCUCCAGAACUUGGAUUUCUUGUAAGGUUGUGGUUGAAUGGUCGUUUAGAGAGAGUACCAGAAUGGGUAAUAUCACUUCAAUCCUUGAGCACUUUAGUCUUGCUGAAUAGUGAGUUGAGUGAAGAUGAGAACGCAAUAGGCUGCCUUGGACAUUUGCCCAACUUGGUGGAACUUACUCUCCAUGGUGCUUAUGAAGGGGAGACAUUGUGUUUUAAGGCUCGAAGAUUCCAAAAACUCCAGAGAUUAGAACUUAUGCAAUUAAAAAGACUGAAAUGGGUAAGAAUGGAAGAAGAAUCGAUGUCCAGUCUUCACCAGUUUUUUAUUAUUGGUUGCAAGCUUAUGGAGGGUCUGCCUUUGGGCCUCCAAAACUUGACCGGGCUUAAACUUCUUGGGUUGCUUGAUAUGUCUGAUGAGCAAAUCAACAAAGUACAGAAUUUGGAUAAACAAAGUGAUGAUUAUCAGACAAUUUCUCGUAUCCCUGAAGUUUGCACUGGACACUGGAUAAAUGGUGAAUGGAAAACGGAGAUCGUCUAG